AAAAAAGAAAAAAAAAAAGAUAUAAAAUGCAUCCCGCCACCGUCCCGCCACCGCAACCGCCGUCUACGCCGGAAACUCUCGAAAUCAUAACGCAUCUCCUCAGCGACCUUCUCCCAUCCACCCUCUCCAUCACCUGCUUCGCCGCCAGGUGGCAAGUCCUCCGCUCAAAGCUUGCUUCCCUCAAAUCCACCAUCUCCGAAAUCUCCGACUCCCCUCACUGGUCGGAGAAUCCACUCCUCCCGCCGCUCCUCCACGCCCUUCUCUCAACCCUCCGCCGCACCGAAACCCUCCGCCGCCACUGCUCCGACGCUUCCCUCAGCCGCGGCAAGCUCCUGAUGCAGUCCGACCUCGAUAUGGCCGCCGGCUGGCUCUCGAAACAGAGCAACGACCUCGAGCUCCUCCUCCGCUCCGGCGUCCUCCACCAGUCCACCGCCAUUGUCCUCUCCCGCCCCAAUCCGACCUCCUCGAAAGAGGAAUUGGCCUUCUUCGUCAAAGACCUCUUCACCAGACUCCAGAUCGGCGGCCUCGAGUUCAAGCGGAAGGCCCUGGAUUCGCUAAUCCACCUUCUGUCGACCGACGACAAGUCCGCCGCCGUCGUCGCCAGAGAAGGCAACGUCGGCUUCCUAAUCUCCCUCCUCGAUCUGAACGCCCACGACUCCGUCCGUGAACCGGCGGUUCACGCCGUCUCGCUCCUCGUCUCCGCCGGCGAUUCGCCGCGAAAAUCCGUCUUCGAGGAAGGCGCCCUAGGCCCCUUGCUGAGGAUGAUCGAGUCCAGCUCGGCGCCGGUGAAGGAAAAGGCCGCCAUGGCCGUCGAAUUCAUCACCGCCGAUCCCGACAACGCCUGGGCAAUUUCAGCCUACGGCGGCGUCCCGAUUCUGAUCGAAUUGUGCAAAUCCGGCUCCCUCGCAGCCCAAUCGCACGCAGUUGGGGCAAUUAGGAAUAUUUCAACAGUCGAAGAUAUUCGAGUGGCGUUAUCCGAAGAAGGCGCGAUCCCUGUUCUAAUGGAGCUGCUCGUCUCUGGAAACGCAGUAGCUCAAGGAAAAGCAGCCAAUUGCAUAUCGAUUCUCGCCUCGAACGGUGAGCAUUUUCGUAAUUUGUUGUUGCAAGAGAAGGGGUUGCAGAAAUUAUUAAAUUUAUUUCACGAUUGCCCCAAUUCCGACACAUUAGAACACGUAUUGCGUGCGAUUUAUUCAUUGUCCGCCUCGAAUAGCAGCUACCGUGUUUUAAGUGGAUCGACGAUGUUUAUAGUACAAUUAUCGGACCUUUUAAAGCACGGGAAUAUAAGAUUACAGCAUCUUUCCGCUUCUCUGCUUGCUAAAUUAUCGAUUAGUGACAGCACGAAGAAUGUUCUUGCGAGUUGUAUGGGUUCUUUGGUGAAAUUAAUGGAAUCUGUUAAGCCCGACGGAAUUCAAGAAGUUGGGGCGAAGGCGUUGGUCUCGUUGCUAUCGGUGAAAUCGAAUAGGAAAGAGUUUGUGAAGGAUGAGAAGAGUUUGAUUAGGUUGGUGCAGAUGUUGGACCCGAAAAACGAGGUGGUUUCGAAGAAGUUUCCGGUGGCAGUGGUGGCGGCUAUAAUGGCCGGAGGAAGCCAGGGCUGCCGGAAGAAGCUCGUCGGAGCUGGGGUUUACGGGCAUUUGCAGAGGUUGGCGGAGAUGGAUGUCGCCGGAGCUAAGAAGGCGGUGCAGCGAAUCUCCGGGAAUAGGCUGACUAGUAUAUUCUCGAGGACGUGGAGGGAAUAAUCGGAGUUGUUAAUCACCUCCCAGCCAACAAAAAAAGGAGAGAGUAAACGAGCUUUCUGCACAGUGAAAGAAAAUACACACCGAACAGUUUGGUAUACCUCGAACCUUAACUCAUGGUAGUAUACUCUAUACUGUAUUAUAUCGAAACGAAAUACAAAAAAAAAAAAAACGAGGUUGUUUCUAAUUUAUUCGGCGAAGGCAUGGAUGCGUUUUUUAGAGAGUAUCCUUGUUUUCGGGUUUUUUUUAUUUUUUUUAUUUUUAAAUAUGUAACAAUUUAUUUGAUGUGUAUUGAGUGAAACAUAUUGUGUGUUUAUCCAAUUGUUUUGUGUUU